GCUUUCAGAAAUAAUUUAUUUUCCAAGCAACAUUUUUGGAUUAUCAUGUCCAAUACCAGCUGUCUGGAUGCACUGAACAGACCACUUCUACGAAAGAGCAAUGUCCUCUUUCUCAGACAAACUCCGUUUUUCAAAGAAUAUGAGCAGUCAAGGGACAGCUCGCUGGCUAUAACAAACUACAGUUAUCUUCAG